GCCACCAUGUCCCCGUUGCGCCCGCUGCUGCUGGCCCUGGUCUUGGCCGUCAUGCCCUGCGCCCGGGGCGCCUGCCCGGUGCCCGCCGACCUCAAGCACUCGGACGGGACGCGCACGUGCGCCAAGCUCUACGACAAGAGCGACCCCUACUAUGAGAACUGCUGCGGGGGCGCCGAGCUGUCGCUGGAGCCGGGCGCCGACCUGCCCUACCUGCCCUCCAACUGGGCCAACACCGCCUCCUCGCUCGUGGUGGCCCCGCGCUGCGAGCUCACCGUGUGGUCUCUGAAAGGCAAGGCGGGCAAGACGCACAAGUUCUCCACCGGCACCUACCCGCGCCUGGAGGAGUACCGCCGGGGCAUCUUCGGAGACUGGUCCAACGCUAUCUCCGCGCUCUACUGCAGGUGCAGCUGAUGCUUUGCUGCUCUCUCAGCUGCAGCUUCCACAGAGUGCUAAGCCCCUCACUCGGCCUGUCCCUG